AUGGCCCCAAGAUGCUUCAUAAUCCGCCACGGCGAAACCGAAUGGUCCCUCAAUGGCCGACACACGGGCAUCACGGAUCUGGCGCUUACACCUAACGGGGAGAAACGGGUUAAGGCGACUGGGAAGGCAUUGGUUGGGAAUGAUCGGUUGAUUGCGCCGAGGAAAUUGGUUCAUGUGUAUGUCUCGCCAAGGGCCCGGGCGCAGCGGACGCUGGAAUUACUUGAGAUUGGGUGUAGGGAGAGAUUACCCUGGAAUGAAGAGCGGAAGAGCGAGGAUGAGGAGCCGAUUCGGACGGAGGCCAAGGUUGAGAUUACGGAGGCAGUGAGGGAGUGGGAUUAUGGGGAUUAUGAGGGGUUGACGAGUAAGCAGAUUAAGGAGAUGAGGAAGGAGAAUGGGGAGGAGCCGUGGGAUAUUUGGAGGGAUGGGUGUCCUGGUGGAGAAUCCCCCGAAGACGUCGUCCGUCGUCUCGAUGCCCUAAUCACCGAUAUCAGGAAGAAGUUCCAUGGUCCCUGUUUCGACGGUGAAGGUGGUCAAGGAGACGUCCUGAUUGUCGCACACGGCCAUAUCCUACGGGCUUUCGCCAUGCGUUGGGUCGGGAAGCCGUUGACCGAGACCGCACUGAUCCUGGAAGCUGGAGGUGUGGGCACACUGAGUUACGAACAUCAUAAUAUCGAGGAACCGGCGAUUAUCCUCGGAGGAGGUUUUGUGGUCGAGAAUUAA